AACGCAUUCCCUUCAACUCUUCUUCUUCUUCCUCUUCCAAAAAUUAAAGAAACAGACAUUAAUUGAUCAUGGCUUCGGUCACUCGUGCUUCAAUGGAGCAGAAGCUGGCCAUGGCCAAGCGCUGCUCUCGUGAGGGAGUUAUCGCCGGCGCCAAGGCGGCCGUCGUCGCGAGCUUUGCCGCUGCCGUCCCCACUUUGGCGAGCGUUAGGAUGCUGCCAUGGGCGAAGCGCAACCUCAAUCCUACAGCCCAAGCACUCAUCGUUUCCACAGCUGCCGGAUUCGCCUACUUUGUAGUUGCAGACAAGACAGUGCUAGCACAGGCCAGGAAGAACUCCUUCAAGCAUGCUGAAAUGCCCAAGCAACAUUAAUAGUGCUUGGUUAAGAAUCUAAUAAUAAUUAGCUAUAUAUAUAUAUAUAUAUCUUGAUGCUAAAAAUUUAAGUAAAUGCAUGUAAAAUGAGUGAGAUUAAUGUACUGUAAUAAGAUUUUGACAAUCAUUUUGAUGAAAAGCACAAGAA